AUGUUACACAGUAACACAAACACUUCGCCUUCAGUGACUAAUGAAAGCUAUGUGACAACUGAAGUUACAAAUAUAUUAAACAGUAGCACAUACAUUUCCACUCCUGCAACAAGCAAUAGUAAUAGGACAACAAACGUUACACUCAUGUUACACAGUAACACAAACACUCCGCCUUCAGUGACUAACGAAAGCUAUGUGACAACUGAAGUUACAAAUAUAUUAAACAGUAGCACAUACAUCUCCACUCCUGCAACAAGCAAUAGUAAUAGGACAACAAACGUUACACUCAUGUUACACAGUAACACAAACACUCCGCCUUCAGUGACUAACGAAAGCUAUGUGACAACUGAAGUUACAAAUAUAUUAAACAGUAGCACAUACAUUUCCACUCCCGCAACAAGCAAUAGUAAUAGGACAACAAACGUUACACUCAUGUUACACAGUAACACAAACACUUCGCCUUCAGUGACUAACGAAAGCUAUGUGACAACUGAAGUUACAAAUAUAUUAAACAGUAGCACAUACAUUUCCACUCCCGCAACAAGCAAUAGUAAUAGGACAACAAACGUUACACUCAUGUUACACAGUAACACAAACACUCCGCCUUCAGUGACUAACGAAAGCUAUGUGACAACUGAAGUUACAAAUAUAUUAAACAGUAGCACAUACAUUUCCACUCCUGCAACAAGCAAUAGUAAUAGGACAACAAACGUUACAGUCAUGUUACACAGUAACACAAACACUCCGCCUUCAGUGACUAACGAAAGCUAUGUGACAACUGAAGUUACAAAUAUAUUAAACAGUAGCACAUACAUCUCCACUCCUGCAACAAGCAAUAGUAAUAGGACAACAAACGUUACACUCAUGUUACACAGUAACACAAACACUCCCCCUUCAGUGACUAAUGAAAGCUAUGUGACAACUGAAGUUACAAAUAUGUUAAACAGUAGCACAUACAUUUCCACUCCUGCAACAAGCAAUAGUAAUAGGACAACAAACGUUACACUCAUGUUACACAGUAACACAAACACUCCGCCUUCAGUGACUAACGAAAGCUAUGUGACAACUGAAGUUACAAAUAUAUUAAACAGUAGCACAUACAUUUCCACUCCUGCAACAAGCAAUAGUAAUAGGACAACAAACGUUACACUCAUGUUACACAAUAACACAAACACUUCGCCUUCAGUGACUAACGAAAGCUAUGUGACAACUGAAGUUACAAAUAUAUUAAACAGUAGCACAUACAUUUCCACUCCUGCAACAAGCAAUAGUAAUAGGACAACAAACGUUACACUCAUGUUACACAGUAACACAAACACUUCGCCUUCAGUGACUAACGAAAGCUAUGUGACAACUGAAGUUACAAAUAUAUUAAACAGUAGCACAUACAUUUCCACUCCCGCAACAAGCAAUAGUAAUAGGACAACAAACGUUACACUCAUGUUACAUAGUAGCACAGAUCUCCCCACUUCUGUAACAAAUGAAAGUAAUGUAACAACAGAUGUUACAAGAAGUGAAACUAAAGCAGACGUCACCAUGAAUGUAACACCUCUUACUAAUAUCACAACAGAUGCUGUCACGGUCAUUCCCACAUCUGUAACAUACCAGAAUGCAUCUCGAUGGCAACCUGUCACGGUGACGACGGUAGAAAUGAACAGUGAAAGUAAUUCCGAUACUCUAUCGUAUCUCACCGAUGCAACAGAGAAUUCAGGCGAAGAUUCAACAACGACCGAAGGCAACGUAGACGGUGUUACAAAAGUUACUACUUACAGCGGAGAAAUCACUUCGUACUUUACAGAAACAGGUAGAAAUAUUACUAGCGAACCCACACUUCAGUUUUCUAUUAACAGUGAUAUAGACCGUAGUAUGUGCUAUAUAACAUCUUAG